AGUUAUUGAAAACCCUUGGAAACGAAAGCCAUCUUUGGUGUGUACAAUGUCGAAACGAAGAUUAUGUCGAUGAUUAUUUGUGUUGUUGGUGACUAGUUAAGAGGUACUUCUAAUAAAGUGGUGACAAAGUUGUAACAAUGGCUGAAACCCCAUUCAGAGGAAAUGGUGAGGAUGACGAAUCAGACGGUUUUGACGAGUCCAUAUUGAAGGGUCUAGAGGUCGUGGAUACGUGGUAUGACGACGAUGAGGAGGAGGAGGAGGAGAGGAGAGGCAGUAUGGAUCGACAGACUAGCUCCUCGAGGGCUAGCAGGGAAGUGGACAGAUUGGGUAGGAACGAAGAAAAAGAGGAAAGAAGACACAGGGGAAGAGAACACAGCAAGGAGAGUGAGAAGGAAAGAGAAAGAGAAAAAGAGAGGGAGAGGGAGAGAGAAAGGGACAAACGCCUUAGGGAUAGGGAAUCUACAACAGCAAAGGAAAAGUGGUAUACGGAAAGGACAAGUAGGGAGGACCCCAGGAAAAGACGACUUGAAGAGGCGGAAAAAGAACUGCUCAAAUUACAGCAGAUAAAUGAACGCAGGGCCAAAGAAGGCCGGCCAUUAGUAAAACUACCUGUGAGUGGUAUAAGGCGCACACUGGAGGAAUUAAAUGAGCGCCGGGCAAAAAUGGGCCUACCAUUAUUAACAGUCCCUUGUGAAGAAACACCACCGAAAAGACAAAUAGCACUGAAAGGCCGGGAUACAAAAGAAGAUUAUGCUGGUGAUCACAAGUAUAAGGGUAGCAAACAGUCUGAGGAAAAUCGCAUAGUAAAAUUAGAGCAUUUGGAUGAAGAUCUCCCUGGCACACGAGCAAAGAAAUUACAACUUGCCAGAUACAACAAAGCUUCAGAACGGUCACGGAAUGUAGCGAGAUCAUCUGGCUCUGAUGACAGAUCACAUAAAUACCAGAAUGAUCCAUAUGCCAGAACAAAACAGCCAGAAGACAAAUUAACGAGCAGUCAGAAUGUCUGUGUUACACAAGUUUUGAGGAAUGCUCCGGGAAGCUACACGACAUCGGUAAUAACAUACAACACGAACAUAACCAAGGGGUCGUCAGUGUCACAGUAUUCGACUGUCGUCCAGACUUCCAUCGACGACGAUCUGCCAGUCGCUCCUCCUCCACCACCUAAGCUGGGUCCAAUAUCUUUCAAGAUAGGUCAGUCGUCAAAAAGUUCUAAGCCCGCCACAGCCUUGGCACUCAGUGAAGAAGAAGAUGACGACGACAAAAUUGAAGAAGAUGACGACGACUUCAAACCUUCUUGUUUAAGUCAGCGCUUGUUGGCAGCAACAAAAUCGCACAAAAAUAUGGAAGUCAGCACUUACAAAAGGAUGGACAACAAGAAGAAAGUGUACACUUCUGAUGCCUCAUUGGAUAGCAUAUCGGAGACAUCAUCGCCAGAAAGGGAUCUUCAGCUGUCCCCUGUCUCAUCAGAUCCAGAAAGGGCUGUGAGUCCAGUUACCCGAACUUCUAAGCUGCGGCACAGGCAAACAUCACAGUCUUAUGCGAGUGAGGCUGCACCUCCUCACUUCUCCCGCCAGAGACGCAGAGUUCCAGUUUCACGGACUCCGUCGCCCCCAGUGAAACGGAAACGCGACAGUCCUGUGGAGACCAAGUUGAGCACGCGUGCAUCGGCAGCUGCCGCGGGGUACAAAUUGUCUAAGGAGCGCCCUCGUACUGCAUCGAUCUCUCCGGAGCCCCACGGUGGUGGGUACGGGUCACCAUCCGGUCGUGGUGCGUCUCCCGCAGAGCACGGAUCACGUCGAAGGCACCGCUCACCUUUCUGGCGUGAGAUACAGCGCACACUUGCUGAAGAACAGGCACUGAAGCGAAAGCAGAUGAAUGAAAUUGGGUCGCACCAUUCUCCGGUGGCAUCCCACCAUUCUCCGAUGCCACCGUCACAACAGACAAUGUACAGCGGAGGACAACCACUGUACCAGUCUGGGUUGCCUCCGUCGGUGCCCGUGCCGCCUCAGGCAGUCAACGUGCCGCCUCCGGCAGUCUCCGUGGUGCCUCCCCACCCUCAUCCGCCAGGAGUGGUGAACAGCUACGCACCCCCAGGAAUGCCGCAUACGGGUGCUCCACACCACGGGCAACUUGUCGGAUACCCUGUCCAGACUCCACAGCAGUACAUGCCACCCACCAAUCAUUACUACGAGCAGCCGGCUAAUCAGUGGCAGACACAGCCCUGGACACCACAGGGAAGUUACCCGGUCGGCCCGUCGCAGCCGAUUGCAGCACCUGUGGCGCCUCCCCACCCAGCUGUCGCCCCCGCUGUGCCAGUCGCUCCCAUAGCCGCUCCUGCACCUGUGGCAGCUCCGGCACCAGCUCAGCCGUAUGUACCGCCACAGCCCGUGCCACCCGGAUCUGGAACAUUCAACUUCGUCCCGCCACCAAAGUCUAAAGCCCAGACAAAGCGCGAGAGGCAACUCGCGGAGUUCCAGUUUGUCCGACCUGCCGUCAAACCAACUGUUGACAAAGGACAGAAGCAGAAUCAGGACUACCAAGCAGAAGAGCCAGUGUCGAUGGAACGCUAUCUAGUGCUGCAGAGGUGCCAGGACGCAAUCCGUUCACUACUUGUGGACGAGGGGCUCGACAUGCCGGGCCGCUUCGUGCUGCGUCAACGUAAUAUCCAGCCACUCUACAUUGGAGGCAGGAGUGUCCCGAGUGACCAGUGCUCACCACUUCUGCGUGACUGGCAUGUGCGUCUUCUCAGAUUUACUGCCCCACCUGUGGGGACAGCACGAUACCUUCUGCAGCAGCAGGAAAGAGUUAAGGAGGCGGCAGCACAGGGGUCAUCUGCACCUGAACCCCCACAGACACAACCUGUCACUCCAAAGCCACCUACCCCAGCCUCAAAGCAAUCCCAGGCUCCACCUACACAAAAGCAGGCGCAUUUGACCCCUCCUGCCACUAAUAAGCCCUCAGCAAAUUUGACACCAGACCUUCUAAGAAAGGAACCACAAGUUAUUAAGGGCCCAGUUGUGGUAAAAGAUCAGGCGAAGGGAAAAGAGCAGGAGAAGGAAAAAGAGCAGGCGAAGGAAAAAGAGCAGGCGAAGGAAAAAGAGCAGGCGAAGGAAAAAGAGCAGGCGAAGGAAAAAGAGCAGGCGAAGGAAAAAGAGCAGGCGAAGGAAAAAGAGCAGGCGAAGGAAAAAGAGCAGGCGAAGGAAAAAGAGCAGGCGAAGGAAAAAGAGCAGGCGAAGGAAAAAGAGCAGGCGAAGGAAAAAGAGCAGGCGAAGGAAAAGGAGGGGUUCGAAAAGAAAACCCAUGAACCGGAGGCAGACGAGAAACAGGAACAUGUUACGAAGCCAGAGCCUGCAAAAGUGCGGAUACUGAACACCGAACAAAAACUGGAGGAGGAAAAGUGCCCAGUGUGUGUUGAACAUGCAGCUAAGUGGCGUAGGAAUGCGUCAGUAAAUACACCGCGUCAUUUUCUCAAGCCUGCUUCUCGUGAUGCACAGGUGCAGGCAGACUUCAUUCCAGUUACGGGGGAGGUUGGUGGUGCACCUGUGAAACCGGCUGUCGAGUGUGGCUCUCAACAGACACAGACGGUGGUACGUGUAGGAUCCUUUUCUUGUUUUGACACCACAACUGAAAGAGUGAUAGAGCAGAGGCAAAUUCUACGGAAUCAUCUCCACAAGAGACUUCUUCAGUUGUACCAUGAAAAGGUAAUCGGGUGGACUGAGAUGAUGAUGUUACGGAGUAAAGUGAAGAGCACAGUGCAGUCACUCCUUCCGUUCUCACUUGCAUCAGUUAAAGCAAAGAAAGUGGCUCGUUUACAAAAAUUGGCUGCGAAAAAGAAAAAGAAAGAAGGAAGUACUACGAUUGAAGCUCGAGCUGUUACACAGUCGUGUCUUCCAUUGUCACUUACAUCUGUUAAGAAAAAGAAGAAAAAUCUAGUGCAGAAUUUGAACUCUGAAAAGAAAAAGAAAAUGGGUAGUUUGCAGAAUUUGAAAGUGCAAAAAGCUGAGAAAAAGCAAAUGAAAUCUUCUCCUUUGCAUGGGACAGAAGAGUUAUUAGAAAAGAUUCAAAGGAGUGCAGAACAGGUUAGAUUAGGUACGUACGUCGUAAGUAAGAGACACGUGCAUGGUGAGGGCGAAGUGAAUGCACCUGAUGUAAUGACCGUAGAUGAUGGCACGGAGGAGAUACAAAAAGGCAUUGAGGCUGCUCCUUAUCCAAAUAUUUGUGCUGCAGUGAAAUCAGCUGACAAAACUGGGGCUACUGGCAAUGAGGUAGGUGCAGGAGAAAUAUUGAGGCGGCCAGGAGCUAUAACACCAACUGCUGAAAAUUUUAAUAACACUAACGAAAAUAACACUACUUCACCAGUGGGUGAUGGUAGUCGGAGUCCAGACCCUGAGAAGCAACAAUCUCAACAAGAGGGUGAACACACUCAAAACAUACAGAAUCUUGUUUCUUCCAAAUUGCCGGAUAAUGUAGAUGAUAAAAUGGCUGCUAGAGAAAAGACACAAGUAGAUGACACAGGGAAGGCUGAAGUGAAGACAAAUUCAGGAAGACAUGCAGAGGCAGAGAAAUCCCAAAAAGAGAGGACAGAUGAUGUUUCUCUAAAUGCAAGAACACUUGAGAAUCUGUCCAAACGAGAAGGUCGUAGUUCAAACAGUCCAGUGCAGUGUGUUUCCCCCACAUCACAAAAAGAAGAGGAAAGCAAACCAUUAGUUACAAAAGAGAUAUGUUCAGAGAACUUGGAAAGUACUGAAGUGAGAAAAGGUGCAGAAACAGCAAUAGAAAGAGAAAAGAGUUCUUCAAAAGUGAAGCAAGAUGCAGAAGGCAGUACAAAAGAGGUGGUAACAGUAGACUUGGAAAAUACAAAUAUGGAAAAAGAUGCAGAACCAUCCAAAAAGAUAGAAAAGCCUCUGUUGAAAGAACAGCAAGGUGGAGAUGACAGUAGAGAAGAGGUGGUAACAAUAGACUCCGUAAAUGCAGAAGUGGGAAAAGGUGUAGAACCAUCGAAAGAGAAAGAGAAGCCUAUGUUGAAAGAGCAGCAAGAUGGAGAAGAUAGUAGUAAAGAGGUGAAAACAAUAGACUUGGAAAAUAAGGGGGUGGGAAAAGAUGCAGAACCGACCAGAGAGGAGAAGCCUGUGUUGAAAGAGCAGCAAGAUGGAGAAGACAGUAGAAAAGAGGUGGAAACAAUAGACAAGGAAAAUGCACAGGUGGGAAAAGACGUAGAGCCACCCAAAGAGAAAGAGAAGCUUACAUUGAAAGAACAGCAAGAUGGGGAAGAUAUUAGAAAAGAGGUGAUAACAAUAGAUUUGGAAAAUACGGAGGUGGAAAAAGAUGCAGAACCAUUCAAAGAGAAAGAGAAGCCUAUGUUGAAAGAGCAGAAAGAUGGAGAAGACAGUAGUAGAGAGGUGAAAAAGGUAGACAUGGAAAAUUUGGAAAUGGGAAAAGGUGCAGAAUCAUCUAAAGAAAAAGAAAAGCCUGUGUUGAUAGAACAGCAAAAUGGAGAAGACAGAAAGAAAGAUGUGGUAACAAUAGGCCUUGAAAAUAAGAAUAUGGGAAAAGAUGCAGAACCCUCCAAAGAGGAAGAGAGGCUUAUGUCAAAAGAGCAGGAAUGUGGUGAAAAUAGUAAGAAGAAAGAGGUGAUAACUAUAGGUUUGGAAAGUGAGGAGGUAGGAAAAGAUGCAGAACCACCCAAAGAGAAAGAUAAACCUGUGUUGAAAGAGAAGCAAGGUAGUGAAAACCUUAAAAGAGACAAGAGCUCAGAUGAUGUGGAAAGUGCUAAAAUGGACAAAGGUGCAGAGUCAUCUAAAGAGAAAAAGAAAUCACCUUUCAAAGAAAUGAGGGAUGGAGAAGACAGUAUAAAAGAAGUUGUAACAGUAGACUUGGAAGAUACAAAAGUGGAAAAAGAUACACAACCACCCAAAGAGGAAGGGAAGUCUCUGUUGAAAGAGCAGCAAGAUGGCAAAGACAGUAAAAAUGAGGUGAUAACAAUAGAUUUGGAAAGUGGGGAGGUAGGAAAAGAUGUGGAACCAUCCAAAGAGAAAGAGAAAGAGGAACUUAUGCUGAAACAGCAGCAAGAUGGCAAAGACUUUUUAGGCAGGAGUUCAAAUGAUGCAGAAAGUAGUAAGAUGGACAAAUAUGCAGAGUCAUCCAAAGAGAUGGGAAAUUCUGAUUUUAAACGGAAACAAGAGGAAGGUGAAGGAAGCAGUAAAAAAUUGUGUUCCUCAGACACACACACAGACAGUACCGAGAUGAAAAAAAAAGCAGAACUACCUAGAGAGAAAUCUCCUUCCAAAGAGAAGCAAGAUGAAGACCAUAAAAAAGAUAUGAGUUCAGAUGUCUCAGAAAAUUCUAAGUUGGGAAAAAAUACAGAGCAAUCUAAAGAGGAGAAGUCAUCUUCAAAAGAGGAGCAAGACGGUGGACGUAAUAAAAAAGACGGGAGUGUAAAGGGCUCAGAUAGUUCUGAGGUAGAAGGAGGUGCCGAGUCAUGUAGAAAGAGGGAAAAAUCUCCUCCUAAACGAAAGAGAGAUGAGGCUAGUUCUAGGGAAGGCUCACCUCCUCACAAGGCUAAACGAGCUGGCAGCCCAGCAGGACAAGUGAAGGAUACUGCUACCGGCAGUCGUCCGCCAAAUACCGAAGGGGACUGGCGUGGGUCUAGUGGUCGUGGAAGGGGUCGAGGCACCGAAAGUAUAAGGGGCGAUCGUGGAAGGGGCAGAGGUAUGGACGAGAGAGGCUCUGGCAGGUGGAAGGGACGGCCAGAGGAAGAUGAUUUUGGUUCUUCGGGCAGAGGUAGGGCUCGAUACCGUGGUAGCCCCCCUCUGUGGGACAGGUCGGGGCGAGGCAGUUCGCCUCCGUUGGACAGGUCGGGGCGAAGCAGUUCGCCUCCAUGGGACAGGCCAAGUCGUGGCAGCCCCCCUCCGUGGGACAGGUCAGGUCGUGGCAGCCCCCCUCCGUGGGACAGGUCGGGUCGUAGCAGCCCCCCUCCGUGGGACAGGUCAGGUCGUGGCAGCCCCCCUCUGUGGGACAGGUCAGGGGGAGGCAACUCCCCUCUGUGGGACAGGUCAGGACGUGGAAGGAACUUUGACAGUCAUAGGGAACUUGAUAGUGAUUGGCCCAGAGAUCAUGACACCAGAAGCAGAAAUUAUGAUGGAUCACCUUCUUGGAAUCGUGGCAGAGAUUUUGAUUCUAUGUCCGGGAGGCGGGGAGAUUACCGUGAUGAAUUUGAAAGUCCGUCACUGUCUCGGAGGUCGAGGGGCUACGAUGGCGAUUUUGAAGUUCUUCCGACGGGGGGAAGGUCGAGUCACUAUGACAGUGACUUCAAUGGUCCUGCCAUGGGGGGAAGGUCGAGGGGUUAUGACGAUGACUUUGGUGGAAGCAGGCGGUACGAUGAUAUGGACAGAGAGUGGCGCCCGAGCAGGGAUUAUGGUGGAGGAGGUGGUGGCGGCUCUUGGAGAGACAGGUAUUAAGCCACAAAAUGUAUUCCUUGAAACUAAAAUUUAUGACACCAUAUUUUAUGUUGUGUUAAUGAAAUUUGUAGGUACUUGUAUGUAGUGAUGUCUCAUAAAUUGAAUGGCUAUCACAAACGCAUAACAACAGUGAGUGAUUAUGUAGUAGUAUUUGCACCACACUCACACAAAAUUUUGGUUUCACACGAGGGUAAGUUUUUGUUUGGUGCUUAUCAAAUGAUAAAUAAAUAAGUGAAAAAAGUGAAAUAUGAUUGUUAUCAAUUUUUCAACACAUUCUUGGUGAUGUAGGCAUUAGACAUUCCAUUUUUCACUACAAAUUGUCUUCAUAAUGAUCAAAAAGUAUCAUUAAUAAAGCUGUACAUUCAAAAUUAUUUACCGGUUGUAGUUUCAAGCUGUUUUAAUUAAUUUUCUAGUUGAGACCAGUGUAUAUUGUGUGUGCAGAUAUUAAAAUCUUUAUUGUUUUUUGUGCAAUGAAUCUGUUUCAUUCAUUUUCUUUCUUUGUCAAUAUAAGGCACAGUAGUACUGUGAUUAUGAUGUUUGUUUAAAUGCAUAAUAUUAGAAAAUUGUUGACUUGUUCACAUAGCAUUUGAAAUGAGCUAAUCAUAUGUACUUGAAAAUUUGUCAAUGUGUAUUCAAUUUUAUGUGGUCAGAUGCACUGUUGUGAUUUGUAAUGUAUGUAGUUGU